AUGAGAAGUGAUUCAGGUGUUGUGAGGAAUUAUGGGAAGCUCUUGUUGGAGAUGGUAUAUGUUGUCCCUGAUGGAAUUGUCUGUUUUUUCGUCAGUUAUUCGUACAUGGAUGGAAUUAUUAACACUUGGAAUGAUACUGGGAUUCUGAAGGAUAUAAUGCAACAUAAGCUUGUCUUCAUUGAGACGCAAGAUGUUGUGGAAACAUCAUUGGCUCUGGACAAUUAUAGCAGGGCUUGUGACUGUGGAACAGUUAGGUUUUCUUUCAGAAUAUUGCUGGCCAGGUUGGAGUACUUACGAGACACAUUCCAGAUAAAGGAAGGAGAUUUUCUUACUUUUGAUGCCUUGGGGCAAGCCGCUCAAUGUGUGGGCCGGGUUAUACGUUCAAAGGCUGAUUACGGGAUGAUGAUAUUUGCCGAUAAGAGGUAUAGCCGACAUGACAAGCACUCAAAAUUGCCUAGUUGGAUACUGUCUCAUUUACAAGAUGCAAACCUGAAUUUGAGCACUGACAUGGCUUUGCAUAUAGCUAGAGAGUUCCUAAGAAAAAUGGCUCAACCGUAUGAUAAGACCGGUAGUAGCGAUAGGAAGACAUUACUGUCACAAGAAGAUUUGGAGAAGAUGGGCGACAGAAGCAUGCAUGAAAUGUUUUAUUAAAGGUUUCUCUUUCAUCUCUUAACUCUUUUUCCGGAUUCGGAAAGUUUGUCAGUGGCAAAGCUGUUGGUUUUUCAGCAGGUUAAUGAAGCAUAGCUGUGAAACUUUAAAUUAUUUGCAAGAGCGUUUGCUAGCUAGUUAGCUGCUUCCUUUUCACCUCCAUUGCUGGAGAUCUUUUGUCAAUUCAAUUCAAUUCAAUUUUAUGACUAAGGACAAGGUAAUAAAAAUAUCUAGAAUUUUCAAAUAUGAUUUCCUUUA